AUGAGCCUGCGCAGAAACGCCCCUUGGACUGCCAUGGCCAAGUCGGUUUGCAUCGUCGGCGCGGGGCCGGCUGGUCUCGCCGUCGCCAAGACGCUGCUGCACAGCGCGCCCCAGGGCGACUUUCGCGUCACCGUCUUUGACGCGCAGCAGGAUGUCGGCGGUCUCUGGCCCACGUUCAAGGAGGACGUCGGCCGCCAGAUUCACCCGCUCAUGCUGGCCAACCAGAGCCGGCACUCGAUGCACUUUAGCGACCUGGCCUGGGAGGACAAGACCCCUCAGCUGCCGCCGGCCUGGAUGUUGGGCCGGUAUCUGCACCGCUACGCCGAAAAAUACCUCUCCGGGCGCCCUGAUUUUCAGCUCAAACUCAAGACGCGGGUUGUGCGCACCGAAAAGGAUGACGAGGGGUGGAGUGUGACAGUCCGGUCGGACGACGGCGACCAGACGACUCGCUUCGAUCGUCUAGUUGUAGCGUCUGGCUACUUUGGGGACCCCAUUAUCCCAAAGGCACUAAAGGAAAAUGCCACCAUACCCGUGAUUCACAGCUGUCAAUAUCGGGACCUGCAGUCGCUUCUCGGAUGCUCGGGCAAAGGCGGCAAGAUACUGGUCGCCGGUGGCCAGAUGUCGGGCGUGGAGAUUGCGGCGACUAUCUCGACACAUCUCUCCAACGAAAUCAAUUCACCAGACGAAAGCGCAAUACCCAAUAUCGAGAAAUACAGCAUCCAUCACGUCAGUCCUCGCCAUCCAUGGGUCAUUCCGCUAUACACAACCCCCGAGCCGAAAUGGAAAGCGCCGCCAUUUUUGCCGCAGGACUUUUCGUCUUGGAACAGGAAUAACAGGCCAGUGCCGUUCACCGAUACACAGGGCCACAUUCCGGAAGAGAGAGCCAAGAUGGUCCAUGAGCGGCUCACAGUUUCUCUGGGGCCAAGACAAAUGAUUGAUACCCGUGAGACAGGUUCCAACAGCUUGGAUCGCUCGUUACCUCCAUAUGUGUCAUGUAGUGAUUGGUACUGCGACUUCGAACGCUCAGGCUUCAUCACGGUGCACAAUGGCCGACUAGAGUCUCUCGCCGGGUCAACUGCCAAACUGGCCGACUCGUCAAUAGAAGACGUCGCUGCAGUCGUCCUUGCGACAGGUUUCAGUCCAGCGCCUUGCGUCAGCUUUCUGCCCAAAGAUGUAUUGAGCACGCUCGGGUAUUCUCCCGUGCACCCAUCACUGCUGCUCGCUCUCGCUUUCCAUGCGACGCAUCAUCCAGACGUGCCCGACUUGGGGUUUGUCGGAUUCUACAGAGGGGCGUUUUGGGGUGUCAUACAAAUGCAAGCCCGAUUCCUGGCUGCGCUUUGGUCUAGCGAGGGGCCGUCGGAUACGCUUCGAGAGAAGCUGGCCCGGGAUACAAGCAUUCAAAGGACGCUUAAUCUUAGGGAUGACCCGCGUCAGGCGCAAUUCCACAUGGGAGACUAUCCAUUCUUGCUGCAAGAAUUCGCCGAGGCCUUGUCCUUGGACAUCAACCCGCCGCUGGCUGUCGACACCCCCCAUCUCACAACGAACGGACUGCCUCUAGACAUGAUUGCGCCCUGUCGCUACUCCCCUGCUAAUGAGGACGGUGAAGACAAUGCCAACGCGAAAACUCUCAUGCAUAACGCAGAAGUCGUUCUCAAGGACGCCCUGACUACGCCUCGAUUUGUCUCCCGCGCCGUGUUCCGGAGCCUUCUCGGGACAUGGAAGCUAGAGCGCGACCUCAGGAGCAAGCUUCCCACACACCCCAGCGGCCAUUUCAGCGGCACUGCGCAAUUUCUCUUGCGUGCCACCACAAAGGAAGGCGUGCAAUGCGUAAUCAAAGAGGGCAUCUCCCCACCGUACGAGGAUGGCGAGAGCCUCGAAUACCUCUACAUCGAAGACGGCGAAUUCAAGACGGACCAGGGCUUCGGCUUCCCCGCCACGCGUCGCUACAUUUACCGCUACGACGAGGCAUCCGGCGCAAUUACUGUGUGGUUCGCCAAGCCGGAUGACAAUAAGCGUGUUGACUACUUUUUUCACGAGAUUGAGUUUCAAGAUCCGCCCGCGAGUGGAGGGGGUCACCAGCGCUGGUGGCCCGCCAAGUCGGGACACUUAUGCAUUGACGACUAUUAUAAUGUCAAUUAUAAUUUUGUGUUUGACGCGGUUAAUUUGGAGAGAUGGGUGUGCGCAUAUACUGUGAAUGGGCCGGAAAAGGACUACACCAUCUGUGGAACGUAUACGAGAUGA